ACGGUUGGAUGAGAGAAACAGAAGGGUCUAUCAAUGGCGGGUAUUCCUUCUACUCUCUUUCUUAACACUAGCUCUCUUUUUUGUCACUCUCAAAGGUCAUGCAGAGCAGUGAAUUCUUGUUUCGUCGAAAAGCGUGCUCUCGUUCGUUGCUCGGCCAAGAAGAAACUCGGUUUUAUGGAUCAAAUUCUUGAUUAUAUCGAAGGGGGUCCCAAGUUGAGGAAAUGGUAUGGGGCACCAGAUAUCCCCGCUAAAGAUGGAUCCGAUGUUGAAGAUGAUGAUCAAUCAGAAGUAGAAGAAGUCAGGGACGCAGUUUUGGUAACUGACGGAGACAGUGAGAUAGGCCAGAUGGUAAUAUUGUCUUUGAUUGUCAAAAAAACUCGGGUUAAAGCACUGGUGAAGGAUAAGCGGGCUGCACUUGAAGCCUUCGGAACUUAUGUUGAGUCAAUGGCUGGAGAUGCAAGUGACAAACCAUUUCUAAGGAGAGCUCUAAGAGGAGUUCGCACAAUAAUAUGCCCAAAUGAAGGUUUCUUAUCUAAUGUUGGGGCCUUGAAUGGGGUGCAACAUCUAAUUCUCUUGUCUCAGUUGUCUGCUUAUAAAGGUGCUGGUGGCAUUCAAGGUCUCAUGAAAAGCAAUGCAAGAAAAUUGGCUGAGCAAGAUGAAUUGAUGCUGAUAGCCUCAGGAAUCCCUUACACCAUCAUCAGGGCUGGGUUGUUAGAAAGCACUCCAGGUGGAAGACAAGGUUUUAGCUUUGAAGAGGGUAUUGCUGAAAGGGGAAAUCUUAGUAAGGAGGAUGCUGCCUUUAUUUGUGUGGAAGCUGUUGAUGCAGUCCCACAAAGAGGAUUCAUAUUUGAGGUGGCCAAUGGAGACGAGAAGGUUUCAGAUUGGCAAGAGUGUUUGGCUAGAUUGAUGGAGAAAGCAGAGCAGCAGCUUCAAUAAUCACACACAUAGACGUGCCACCUGUUUAUUUUGAAUUGAAAUGAUUUGAAUUAGAAGAAAGGGCUUAGAAGUGAGUUUGUUUUGCACAUGAACUGCAUAAACAGUAAUGAUGGGAAGACUGAUGAUCCAGAGAAGAACGUAAGAAUUAAUGAUUUAAUGCUAAAUUUCUGAUUUCAAGUA